AUGCAGCGCCACUAUUCGGCUGCUUUUUUGGAGGAACUUCGAAUCGCCCUAGAAACGGCCUAUGCGUUGCAGUUGUCGGCCAUGCUUGCUGCCCGGUCGGUGGUGAUGAGUUGUCCGUUAUGUGGCGCCCGAAGUAACAGCGUGACGCUGAUGUCGAAGCAUUUCGAGGACAAGCACAAUACAUCGCUCUCGGGUGAUGCUGUUGGCCGUCUGGUCAAGGUCAGGGUGUGCUUUUUCUGUGCUUAA